AUGGCCGUCGCAUCCAUUCAAGACCGCACAUCCGAGUUCCGAUCAGUCCUCGCACAGGCCCAGCGUCGCCAGAAUCUAAACAAGGCCACCUCGCAAAAGAGGUCCCUCCUCACCGACUCCCAAAAGGCCACUGCAAACGGAGAUGGCCGACCACGACGAUCGGAUUUCGCCAGGAAGGCGGCGGAGAUAGGACGAGGCAUCUCCGCGACAAUGGGGAAGCUGGAGAAACUGGCUCAGCUCGCGAAGCGCCGAACACUAUUCGAUGACAGACCAGUGGAAAUCAACGAGCUCACCUUUGUUAUAAAACAAGACUUGUCAUCGCUGAACCAGCAGAUCGGCGACUUGCAAUCUCUCUCAAAGCAGCAGCGACCCAGCGGUGAUCAGGAAGGCGAGCACAACAAGAAUGUUGUAUACCUACUACAGGGGAAGUUGACCGACGUAUCUGUCAACUUCAAGGACGUACUGGAGGAGCGCACAAAGAAUAUUCAGGCUUCCCGGUCGCGCACAGAAAAUUUCAUCUCCUCUGUAUCGCAACACACCAUGCCCUCGAUGUCGCACCAGCCAGGAUCUCCGCUAUAUGGAACGCCGAAUCGAGCUUCUCCGGCCCCAGCCCAAGACACCCUGUCCCUCAACCCCGUGGGCGAUCAGCAGAUGCUCAUGAUGGAGGAGGCUCAGCCUGCCAAUUCCUAUAUCCAGCAACGUGGUGAGGCCAUUGAGGCGAUCGAGAAGACCAUUAGCGAGCUUGGUAGCAUUUUCGGACAGCUUGCGACCAUGGUCUCAGAGCAAAGCGAGAUGAUUCAAAGAAUCGAUGCCAACACGGAAGAUGUGGUGGACAACGUGGACGGCGCCCAGCGAGAGCUCCUGAAAUACUGGUCUCGUGUCUCCAGCAACCGAUGGCUUAUUGCCAAGAUGUUUGGCGUGUUGAUGAUUUUCUUUUUGUUAUGGGUGCUUGUCUCUGGUUAG